AUGACAGGCACGUACAGACAGAGGCGCGCCACGGCCAGUCGUCAAUCCACAAGUGCAUUUGUGGCUUGUCUUCUGUAUCUCAAAAUGCGGGCGUGCACGCAAGAACAUAGCUCAUGCAUAAAAAUCGCACUGCAGCUCCUAAUACAUCAAACCAAUCCUCAUGUUCCCAAAUCGAGUUCCUUCAGGGAUAGCGUGUCCCCCAAUACAGUUUUAAGUUCAAAUGAUAGCCAUCCUACUAAACCAGAUCCCAGUUCAGUAUCUAGAGUUCUAUUCAAUGACCCUCCUUCUGGAGAGGCUACCAAAAAUCCAACCCGUUCUGAACAAAAUGAAAAUUACGGUGUUAUUCUGGAAGAUCAAAACAUUGAAAUCAGUGGAAGUGGUUCUAGAACAGAAUGUAAUUAUUUAGAUAAAUAUUAUUUUUUGUUAGAGAAAGGCUCUGGCAUAUUAACAAAAUCUGGUCCAUCAAAGAAGCCCUAA